AUGGCAUUCUGCGAGGCCCAACCAACCAUCCGGUCCGCUCACGUGGAGAAGUUCCCUUCUCUUAUGGCAAGGACCCCGGGUCUGCCAGGCGGAUUUCCCGACUUUGUGGACUCGCCGUUAGCGUGGGCUGGAGAGCAGUUCACAGAUGAGAACGAGUUCAUCCACGUCUUGAGUGAUGAUGACAUUCUCGAGCUCGAGGCAGCUCUUGAUCACUUCAAAGGUCUUGGUCUGGAUGGCGAUCACAUCACCAAGGACACCUUCCCACUGCCCAAUCUCGCAAGCAAGCUUGAUAUCGUUCGCCAAGAUCUCCACAACGGAAAGGGUUUUGGACUAGUUCGCGGAUUGGAUCCCAAGAAGUACUUGGUCGAGGACUUGACCAUGCUGUACCUUGGUAUUCAGACUCAUGUCGCAAAUCAGACCGGCCGCCAAGAUAGCAAGGGAAACAUGCUUGUGCAUAUUAUUGCUGACAACUCGUCCAAGGUCAAAGCUGGACACCAUCGCCAUUCCACUGAAGCGAUUACCUUUCACAAUGAGGAGGCAGGUGACAUCGUGAGCUGGCUUACUCGAAGCGUCGCAGCUUCUGGCGGCAAGUGUAUCAUCGCAUCUGCCUAUGCAGUCUACAAUGUUCUAGCUGCUGAUCGCCCCGAUCUCGUCCGAGCUCUGGCCGGUGGGGAUUGGCCAUUUGCCCUCCCACGGUUUCAGUGCCGCCCUGUCUUGUUCAACCACAAUGGUCGUCUCAUCAUCAAUUUUGGUAGGACACCAUUGGUUGGCAGUGCAAGCCACCCUCGCUCAAGCCAGCUGCCAGGACUGAGCCUCCGGCAGAUGGAGGCUCUUGAUGCAGUCGAGGAGCUCGCCAAGAGCUUCCAGUUGGAAAUCGUCACUCGAGCAGGCGACAUCCACUUCAUCAACAACCUUGCCAUUCUCCAUCGCCGUGAGGGCUUCCAGAAUGGUACGUCAUCCGGAGAGAAGCGACACUUGGUGCGAAUGAGGCUCCGGGAUGAUGAACUUGCUUGGGCCCUCCCAGAGGAACUUCAGGAGGAGUGGUCUAGUGCCUUCGACGACACUAAGACCAGCAAGGUGUGGCAUCUGGAACCCAUGCCGGAUGGCUACUUUCCGCUCAGAUCACAGACGAAUUAG